AUGCCACCAGAUGCCAAGGUGCUACUCGUCAUCGACAAGCAAGGCAUUGACUGGACCAAAUAUUUCCGGAAUCCCAACGAUUUCCCGGUACGGGUUGAGCAGGCUGACUUUACGGAGCUCGACGUACUUUGCACCGAACACAGUUUGACAAUAGAGAUCAAUCAAGUUGGACGGGAUCCAAGAACCUUCUGUCCACAAGCGGCUUUCGUUGGUCCGUCAGCCACGCACAGCCCUCAGUCAAAGACGAUUCUUCGGGCGAUGAUAGCCGCAAAUAUCCCUUUCGUCAAUAGCCAUACGUCAAUGAUAGCGUUUAUGGACAAAAACAACUUGAAGAAACAACUGCGUAAACUGGUACUAUCCGAUAACAACCGAAUCCCGUUACUGCCGACGAUACACUAUCCACACUUUCAUCGAUUUAUUAGCUCGAACAGCUGUGCAAUCGAUCAAGCACUAAACUAG